AUGGCCUAUACCGCGGAUCAUAGCGCUCCCGCCACACAUCGACUACUCUGUCUUCAAAUCUUUAAACCCUUCAAUAAUGCUGACUAUUUCCAUCCCAAGCUCGAUCAUCCAUUGUUGAUUACCGUGGAAGAAGAUCACCCCAGCGAGCUUAUACCAUUGUCAGCCCUGAUGCUGGGCAGGACUCUUCGCCAGGCGGGUAUUCUUGAGGAUGUUCUCGAUGUUCAAGGCCGUGAAACAGCCCUGAUAUUGAUGGACUGCUUCCCCCGGAAGCGUGGUGGUGGAUUGUUUGUCGAGUUAUGGACCCUCUGCCUGAGCAUAGAUAUGCCACAGCCUGCCAGAGCCUUCGCUCGAGGUUGGCUAUAA